UUUUUCGCCUUUCCUUUCCUGUAGCGUGUGAUUAAUGCUGAGGUGUUAUACAAAGUGCCAUGAAAAGUAAUAUACGUUUGCUCGUCAACAAAUUUGAUGUCUAUGGCUAUUACUGACCAAUCAGGAAGUAAGAACGAGUUCGCGUUUCUCUCGUGGUGGCAGGCGUCUCUCGGUGUUAUCGAAUCUAUGGCCACGCGCGACGCGCACGUGUUUGGCAUGGAAGGUGCUUGUGACUUCGACUCCGGCCGUAUUGCUCUUGAAAAAAAAGACAGGUGCCAUAUAAAUAAGAUGUUUGUGACAAAUACGCUACGCAAAUGAAUUAUAGAUUUUUUGUUAUACGUUCUGUCAACGUUCAUUUGUUCAUUGCGGCUGCGAUGAACAUCUCGUGAUACAUUCCAAAAGUGAUGUUGCGUCACGAUAACAAAGGCAUCUGUACAAAGAAAAGGGAAGGACUUUGUGUAUAUUAUUCCACGAAUAAAAAGGACUUGUGCACGUGUUUCACUCCGAAGGAAAUUGAGUAGACCUGAGCGAGUCAUGAAGCGGCAAGAGCUGAAGUCGAAGGCAUUUAAACGCGCAGAGAGCAAUCUGCUGAAUAAGCUGAAUCUUGCGUUUUUGAAGAGCUAUCCGCAUCAUGUGGUGCCGGGUUACAACUUGAAUAGAUCACCGUGUAUCGAGAAAUGGGACGAGGAGAGUGCGAUGGGGCUCUUUCAAGAGUUUCCGUAUAAUUGCGACUUGCCGAAGCCGUUGCUGCCACCAGCAAGGCUGUCGAGAACGGUGCUUAGCGAAGAGGAUCCAGCCUUGCAGCUCCUUACUUUGAAAAGUCAUUUAAAGGACGAUAUAGAUAGGAUAAUGAAGCAUUAUGAAAGACAUAAGAAAGAAUUUAAUAAGGUGUAUAAGAAAAGCAUAAGAUGGAAGAGAGGAAGUAAGGGAUACAGCGCGAAGGUGCCUAGGUAUAUCGCAGAUAUAGCGGAAUUGAUUGACAUGGAACCGGAUCCAUAUUUUGAAGGGACUUACAACUGGUACUAUACUGGUGGAUCGUUAAAUUACGUUCCGUUGAAUAGCUGGGAUGUUCUGCUCUUUCCAUUUAUGGAAGACUUAGUUGCUGCGCACAUCACGCCCAUGAAAGAUUUUAUAUGGAAGCCGUUGCUGCAAAAUUCAGCCAAAUGUAAACUGCCUGGAUUGCUGUAUGAGAUUAGGCGAAGCAAGAUUUCUAAUGACACAUGUAGAAUUUUAGGGAGGCACAAGGGUCUAUGUACUCUUUACACACUAUCCAAGUCUGAGAAUCACUUGAUGCUUAAUGAAGUUUACAGGCAAGCAUCAAAGACACCGUAUAUCAGUGCUGACUUAAGUUCAACCAAUAUUAGUCAUCAUUGCACACUGAAUGCGGAAAGAAUUAUAUUUUUAUGGGACAUAAAUAGUGCAAAUUAUAUUAACAGUGGUUCUCUACUACAUAAUAAUAAAACUUGUGAGCGUGAUGCUUGGGGGUGCAUAAGGUUUCAGGAAACUGAUCCAAACGUUUUGAUUUACGUGGACAGGUGUUGCUUGCAUUAUCUUGAUACUAGGAUUGCUCUCAAUCGAGCAUGUAUCACGUUGUGUCCGAAAUUUAAUUUGGAAAACUGUGAACGUUUGUCGGUGGAAGCACCGAGUAAACAUAAUUGCUGUCGAUAUUUAGGCACUUAUCAUUCCUUUUUACUGUGCGAUAAUCGUUCUCCUAAGCAGUGUGUACGACAAAAAUGGACGCAUCAGUUCAAAGACACUCCGCUGUUGGCGGCUGUAACAAACAGCGAUGACAAGGAAGUAAUUGUUCUAUCAACUCAGAAGGCUGGCGAAAACACGAUAAUUUUGAACACGUGGAUGGACGAGGAAAAGUCUCAUUCUUUUAAUUUGCCUUUUACACCCCCACACAUUGCAGAAACGUUAAAUAAAUCUCAAGUGCAAGGAAUGUGCUUGAAUCCGUAUUUACAGAGCAGAUUUGAAUUGUGUAACGCCGGCAGCACAUUAAUCAGUAACGUAAAAAACGCCGAGAUAUUUUACUUCCUCCAAAAUUCUAUUGGUGACAUAUUUUAUCAGUGUAUAACACACGAAAGCACAUUAGACAAGUAUUCUCCUAUAAAUAGCGAAGCUUGUUACGCGUUAAAUAUGUGGGAGAAAGCCUUAUCAGCCCAAGCUGAACCGCUAGUACCCUUGAGUCUUACUGAUAAGUGCGAUAUGCAAUAUAUAUAUGAAAAUUUUACAAAUAAAAUGCUGAAUGCUCGUUUAAAGUCUGAAGAAAAUGCAGACGACAGUUUCGACCCUACCUGGAAGCAAUCAUUAGCCAAGUUGGGAUCGUACAUAGAUCUAUUAGCGCCAGAACUUCUUGCAGCUUGGGAAAUACGCGAAGAUGUACUCGCACCGGUAGAAACGAUACCAUAUCAAAAAGUUUUGAACUGGUUAGCAUCUUCGACCUCGAGUCAUCCUGUCACGCAAUCACAGGCCGAGCCUGAUAUACCUACCCCUAUCAAUACUCAAGAAUUAAUUAGUGUGUCGCAAGAACAUGAUCUCGCGUACAUUGACGACAGCAAUGUGUUGCAAGAAAUGCUGUUGCCAAAAGUUAAGUUGGAACCAUUGGAACCAACUCGCAAGAGAAAGCACACUUAAAUAUUCUAUAUAAUUAAGAACAACUAUGAUUAUUUGAAAUUUAUAUUUUUGUACGUAAUUUAUAUCGAUAUUGUAUUGGCAGUAUUUAAUUUGUGCUAUAAGUGUUAUAAAUAAGUAAAAUCAUUUUUGAAA